ACGCUCUGUAACUUCAACUGACAGCUGCAGGAGCCGAGAUAGAGAGCACACACAACCUGUCAAACCGAAACACUGCAAAAAUGGAGUGGACCCCGAUGGAGAUAAACCCCGAGAUGCUGAACAAGAUGAUGAGCAAGCUAGGCGUGGGUGAGAGCUGGCGCUUCGUUGAUGUGUUGGGACUGGAGGGUGAGCAACUGUCCGCCGUCCCCAAACCAUGCUGUGCCUUGAUGCUGCUCUUCCCACUGACACAACAGCAUGAGUCUUUCAGACAGCAGCAGGAAGACAAGGUUGCAGGAGGCUCUGACAUUUAUUUCCUGAAGCAGACAGCAGUCAAUUCCUGUGGCACCAUCGCCCUGCUGCAUGCUGUGGCCAACAACCAAAGCAAACUGUCAUUUGAUAGUAGCUCUGCCCUGAAGAAGUUUCUAGAUGAGACUGCAAACAUGUCUGCUGAUGACCGUGCCAAACAUCUUGAGACUAACCAGGCAAUCUGUGAGGCUCACAAUGAGGUUGCAGUGCAGGGCCAGUGUAGGCCUGAAGCAGACAAAGUCCACUUCCACUUUAUUGCCUUUGUCAAUGUAGAUGGACAACUUUAUGAAUUUGAUGGGAGAAUGAAUGGGCCAGUUAAGCACGGAGCUACCAAAGAUGAUUCAUUCAUAACGGAUGCAUCCAAAGUGUGCCGCGGCUUCGUGGAGAGAGAGCAAGGCGAGGUCCGUUUCUCCGCAGUGGCUCUUUGUCACAGUUAGAUGUUUGGUAGGGUACACAAUCAAAUUGUAAACCAAAAUGUCUUGGAGCUUUCCCAUGGCAAACCAAAUCAUCAGGCACCCAGAACAACCUGUGAGCACAUACAUCUGCACACACUAUGCACUAUGAAGCACAUCUUGUUGCCACAUACUGUACUUUCAUCUCAUGAACAAAGCAUUCUUUAGCACAUGUACACAAACACCAUCAAAACCUUUUGUUCUGCUGACACUAACUGCUACAAGCUUGUCCAGACCUUUGUAUGUGUUAUCAUUUAGCAACCAGAAUUGUAAAACAUGAGGUCAGAUCUCACCACUGCUUUUGUGCAUAUGCGUAUUUGUCUUUUUGCUACUUUUUUUGUAUGUUAUCAGUGGUGAGUCGGUGUCAAACUCAGAUGAUGCUUAAAUACCUUUUGUGCCAAUAAAUAGAACAAAAAAGAGAAGGAAAAGGCAGAAAACUUGUGCGGAGAAACGUUCUGUUCUCUGAAUGCCUUUAGUUGCUGUGUGGUUGAGUUUAUAAGGAUCUGACAUUCUUCAGAACAGCUCAGAUCGACCGUAGGAAUAAUUUAACCAUUGUUCGGGGAACACACGCAACCUUUUUGAGUGGUGUUCUUUGGUGACAUUUCUCUGAAAAACAAAGAUUUUCUUUGAAAAGUUGGAUUUUAAAGUGGUGAUGGUGGACGACAGUAAUUUAACAGUGUUUUCAGAAAUCAAUACAAUUGUUUGCACUUUAUUUAAAAAUUGAUUUUCACUGAAUAAUCUAAAAAUAGUCAAUUACACUAAAACUAUUGGUGUGAGUUCAACUUUAACACAGAAAAUACAAAGUUCCAAACACGAUAGGGACCAUCAAGAUCAAGUGCUGCUCUAUGUUGGGUUGUUGUUGUGCAGUGCAGGUUGAUAGUACCGUGUUUGUAGGCUGUGCACCAAUUGUUUACCUUUCUGCACUUUCCAAAUACUAUGUUGCUUUAGUUCUGUAGGUGAUGCAGCUGUGGGAAUUAAAUAAA